CUAAACUUUGCACGCAAAAAACUGCACGCAGUGGGACGAAACCUUGCACCUUGCAAGCUACGCAAGAAACCGGGCUCGAGAGAAGUCUAGAGCUCGCUCGAAUGCCCAGUGAUUGUAAAUUGUUAGUAGCAACACAUUGCAAUAUUGCAAAAUGUCAGCCAUCGUCUGUUCGAAAUUGCACAAACUUGACAACCUGCGACCCUCGGGCCCUCCUAACUGUGCAACUGCAGUGCGCUUGGACCAUGAAGAGCUACUUGUAUACACAUGAAGAGCUAAUGGCAGCGGCUAUUCGUCAUUGCGGGCAUCAAAUCAUAGCUCAAAACUUGCACGCUCAGCGGUGCCGCGCCGACACAUUGCGCCCCUUCCCACUGACUGAACAUUAUAUAAGACCCUUAUUAACUACAAAGAUAAGUAAGAGUGUGCUAUCUACAUCUGCGGUCCUCCAACUGAGACAUUCCAAUACGACUCGCUGAACGCCCGAGCGCUGGAGCGUAAACGCAGUUACCUAGCAUGAGGGCUUCACCCCUCGUGGGCUGCCGCGGGCGGCCGAGCGCAGCCGCAUCAAGCGGUGGCGCAACGCUGGCUGCUGCAGCACGCGCUCCGACCACCCGAGCACCCAUCUGUGGGACGCUGCGCUGCCGUGACGGCCGCCUGAGUACGGCCGCAGUCCUCACAGCGGGUCGACGCCGCGCGGCGCCACACCGGCCCAGCACCGCACGGUCAUUGCAUGUGGUGGCUCGUGGAGCCUUCGGGGACGGCUACGGGGCUGGAGCGGGGGGCCGGGGCGGCGGCGGGCGGCGGCCUCGCGACCUGCAGCAGCUGAUGGAGCUGCUCAGUGGCGGGGGCGGCGAGGACCCGGAGCAGUUCCUGGACCUGGUGUCUGACGCGCCGCGCGUCAUGGAGCCGCGCCGCCGCGGUGGCGCGGGACCGCCGCUGUCCAUGCGGCAGCUGGCGCAGGCGCAGGCAGCGCAGGCGGAGGCGCGGCGGCGCGCGGCGCUGCAGCAGCAGCUGCUGCAACUGAACAUGGCGGCGCAGGCGGCGGCGCGGCGCCAGGCAGAGGCGGAGGAGGAGGCGCGGCGGGAGGCGGCGCGGCGAGCCAUGCUGGAGAGCGCCAGGCGCCACCUGCCCCGCUAUGGCACCACGGACGAGGUGGCCCGCCUGGCCAGUGCGCUGGCGGCGGCGGGCGUUCGCGACCCCGAGCUGUGCAACGCCAUGGUGCGACAGCUCGUCAGUGAGCAACAGCAGCAGGCGCAGCAGGCGCAGCAGCAAUGGCAGGCGGCGUGGCCGCCGCAGCCGAGGCAGACGGCGCCGCAGGCGCAGGGGCAAGCUCCGGCGCAGGGCCAGGGCCAGGGUCGGGUGGCGGAGCGGGACGUGGACUCCAACAGCCUGGCUGAGCUGUUGGACGCCUUCGCCGCCAUGCGGCACCGGCCCAGUGACGCCGAGAUGGCGGAGCUGCUGCGCCGCCACCACCUGCAACAGCAGGCCAAGCAGCAGCAGCAGCAGCAGGCGGCAGCGGCGGCCCAGGCGGCCGCGCAGCAGCAGGCGCUGCUGCAGGCGCAGCAGCAGGCGGCACAGGCACAGGCGCAGCGGCAGCAGCAGGCGGGCCGGUCGCAGCCCAUGCUGCAACCACGUGGGAUGGGCAUACCCAAGCCGCCCACGCCUGCGCCUCCUCCCCCACCGACCCCGCAGCAGCAGCAGCAGCAGCAGCAGCAGCAGCAGCAGGAGGAGGAUGCUGGCCCGAGCACGAGCGGCGGAGUGCGCACAUCCCCUGAGGCGGCUGCGCGGCUGCUGCAGUCGCUGUCGCGCAUGGGCUACAACCCAGACGACGCCACGCUACAACGCCUGCUGGAGCAGCUACAGCCGCAGCGGCUGCAGCUACAGCCAGACGCUGCCCGUGCCGCGCAGCUGCAGCAGCAGCGGCAACGGCAGCAGCAGCAGGUGGCAGCGGCGGCAGCGGCUGCGGCGGCCACCGAGGAGCAGCGACGGCGCCAGCAGGCCGCGCAGCAGCAGCAGCAGCAGCAGCAGCAAAUGCAGAUGCAGCAGCAGCGGCAGCGGCAGGCGGAGCCUGAGCGCGUGGCGGGCGCGGCACCGGAUGAAGUGGAGGAGGAGGACGAUGACAACGACGAGGAUGAGCUGAGCUUUAGCCUGGCGCGCGAUGCGCAGGCAGUGGCAAAUGCCAUUCGGGCCCUGGAGCGAAUGGGGCGCCGCGGCGAGGCGGCGGCGCUGCGGCAGCGCUUCCAGAGGCACGUGCAGGAGGUGCAGGAGCGCGCCGCGAGGGAGCGCGCGGCGCGGCUGCAGCAGCGCCGGCAGCAGGAGCAGCAGCAGGAGGCGGCAGCGGCGGCGCGUGCGCGCGCCGAGGCAGAGGCGGCGCAGCGGCAGCGCGCAGCGGCGGCGGCGGCCGCGGCAGCGGAGGCGGCGCGGCGCGAGCAGGAGUCUGCGGCGGCUGCGGCUGAGGCCGCUGCCGAGCGGGAGCGGGAGCGGGAGCGCCAGGCGGCGGCUCAGCAGCAGUCGCUUCGGGGGCUGCUGGCAAAGCGGCUGCGGGCGGCAGGCGACUGGCAGCAGAUACGGGCGCUGCUGUUCACGUACGCCGAGGCCGCCGACUUCGCCUGCGUGGCGGCGGCGGCGGCGCGGCUGGCGGAGCUGCUGGCGGGGCCCGGCGGCCGCCGCGCCGCCGCCGGCCUGGGUCUGCGCGGCCGCGGCGAGCUGGGCGACCUGCUGGAGGGCAUGGCGGAGCUGGCGCUGGAGCCGGGCGCGGGGCGGCUGGCGGGCGCCAGCGCGGAGCAGGCGGCCAGCCUGCUGGUGUCGGUGGUGGCGCUGCGCUACCUGGACGAGCGCCUGCUGGUUGGGCUGCUGCGGCGGCUGCGGGAGGUGCUGCACGAGGCAGGGCCGGACAGCCUGGCGGCGGCGCUGGCGGCGCUGGCGGACUGCGGCGUGCGCCCCACGCCGCCCUGGAUGGAGGCCGUGCUGGCCCGCUGUGGGGCGCAGCUGGCGGCCUUCGCGCCCAACGACCUGGCCGGACUGCCGGUGUGGCUGGCGCGUCUGGGCGCGCACCCGGGUCGCUCCUGGCUGAGCAGCUACCUGGACGUAUUGCAGGCGCGGGAGGGCGAGCUCAGUCAGGCUGUGGUGUCGGAGGCGGUGCGCGCCGUGGCGGCACUGGACAGGCCCCUGCUCAAUGCCUGGAGGGAGGCGGCGGCGGCGCGCCAGCAGCAGCAGCGGCAGCAGCAGCAGGCGCAAGGGCAGCAGCAGGGGCAGCAGCAACAGGGGGAGCGGGAGCGGGACCAGGCGGAGCCCGUCCAGAGGGCGAAGCAGGCGCAGGCGGCCGACCCUGACCUGCAGAGGGCUAACGCGCUGGCGUCAGUCGAUGAGACGCUGGCGGAGGAGGCGCAGGAUCAGGAGGAUGGCGCUGACCAGGAGGAGGCGGAGGGGGGGGUGGAGGCUGCGCCGGGGCAGCCACGCGCAGCUGACGCCAGCACCAGCGGUCGCGGGGCGGAGACGGCCACCGACACGAGCCGCGGCCAGGCCAGGGGCAGGGGCAAGGUGCACGCGGCGAACGCGUCAGCGCCCAGCUCGCCGCCGCUGCAGUUUAUCGAGCUAGACGUGGACAGCGAGCAGCAGGCGCCGCCGCGCGCCGCGGGGGCUGCCGCUCCCACCACCACUUCUUCUGCUCCUACUGCUCCUGCGGCCGUUGCCUCUUCGGCAGCUACAGCCGGCGCCGGAUUGGGUGUCGGCCGCGGCGCGGGCAGCGAGGCCGCUGGUGGCGCUGCCGCUGGCACGCAGCUGCCCGGCAGCUACUCGGUGGAUGGGUUCUACACGCCCCUGCCGUACGAGGGCGCUGACGAGGGCGAGGAGGAGGCGGAGACGGAGGAGGCAGACUCGGAGCAGGGCGAGCAGCGCGCAUCGGGUACCGCGGCUGCUACUGCUGCCACUGCUACUGCCGAUUUGGAAGGCUCCAACCUGGUGCUGGACGAGGCUGUAGCGGAGGCAGUGGCGGACGCGGCGCACGGCGGUGCGGCCGGCACCGCGGCGGAGGCGCAGCAGACAGCUCCCACGGCCAAGCCGGGCUCGGGGCAGGGCGGCAUCCGCAUCAAGGUGCAGAGCGCCAAGCCCGAACAGCCGCAGCAACCGCAGCAGAAAUCGCAGCCGCAGCCGCAGCCGCAGCCGCCCAAGGCCAAGCCGCAGCCCUCGCCUCAAGAGGUGGCGCAGGCGCGGGCGCUGCGCUCGCUGCUGCUGGAGCGAUACGAGGCGGUGGCGGCCUGCGCGCAGCAGGCGCGGGAGCGGCAGGAGCGCGCGGCGCGCGGCGAGGAGGCCUCGGCCUCGGACCUGGGCAACGGCGGGGGGCUGGGCGGGGGCUUCAGUGUGCCUAGCGGCCUGGGCGGCGGCGUGUCUGACCGCGACGUGGCGCUGGCGGCCAAGGUGCUGGCGGCGCGCGACCAGCUGGCGCGGCUGCAGGCGGACUUUGACAACGCCAAGCGGCGCGCGGAGCUGGAGCGGGAGCAGGCCACGGCCCGCGCCAAGGCCGACGUGCUGAAGCCGCUGCUGGGCAUGGCCGAUAACUUUGAGCGCGCGCGGCAGAGCAUCAAGCCGCAGACGCCGGGCGAGGCGGCGGUGCACGACGCCUACCAGGCGCUGGCGGGGCAGCUGGAGGCCUUCCUCAAGCAGCAGGGGCUGGAGCCGGUGGGCGGCGAGGGCGAGGUUUUUGACCCCAACCUGCACGAGGCGGUGAUGCGCGAGGACCGCGACGAUGUGCCCGACGGCACCGUGACGGGCGUGUUCCAGAAGGGCUACCGCCUGGGCGAGCUGCUGGUGCGGCCGGCGCUGGUCAAGGUGGCUUACAGCUGAGCUAGGGCGGUUGUAAAUAGGUGGCAAGGGAUGGACAGAGAGCUUUCAGGGAGCAGGUGCGGGAGCUGCUGGCGCGGAAAUUGGAAAGUCGGACUUGCGAGCGGGUGUGCCCGUUUGGAGUUGUAACGUGAUCACCAGGGAACGGACAGCUAGCGCAUUGGCGCAUUGCAUUCGAAGGUGCGUACGUAAAUCGCCAGACAGGUAGAACAGCCAUGUGCGCCGGAGUUUGCCAUUCCCGAAUUGUACCGCCAUGGC